AUGGAAAAUCAAUUCAAUGCCAAAUUAGAAUGCGUCACGGAUUUUAGCUUAUUUGAAAAAUUAAAAAAAUCGAUCAUAAAAGACAAUGUGAACGAACUGUACAUAUCCUCGUUAAGAUCCAUUUUGGAAAAGGUAAAGGAUCCGGUUGUUGAUACCAGUCACAUUAUUUGCAAUCACCACUACGCCGAAGCGGUUCUCUUUUUUUACGCAACGUUAAUUAUUGAAAAAUAUGAAUUCGUUUCUGUCUUUUGUGAAGAUAUAAUUUCAAAGAACCGAUUUGAAGAUGUAGUGGAAAAUUUAGAAAGAAUAAACGUGAAACAUGUGGAAAGUUUGAGUAAGAUAAAAAAAAUAAUUAUUGAAAAUAUAGACAACUGUGAAAAGUGCUUGAUGAUUUAUUAUCUGUUGCAGAAGGAAUUCCUAGAAAUCAUAUCCAUGUAUACAAAAAAUGAGGAAGCAUUAAUAAAUUUCGUGAAAAAAGAAAUUUUCAAAUUCAACUUUAAUCGACUACUUAAUAAGAUAAUUUGUCCUGUGGAAUAUGACAAGAUUGAUUCUGUUGUACUAGAGCUUAUGCUAAAUGGGGGGAAAAUAUUUCAAGUGAAUGAUAAUUACCAGUUGGAGGCGAGCCAAAUAAAUGAGGUAAACCUGAAAUUAUUCACGGAGAAAUUUCUAAGUUUAAAAGAUGACAGUAUAUAUGAUAUUAUAAAAAAGUAUGCACACCAUGAGUCGCUAAUUUUUCUUUGCAAUCUUGUCCACAUGGAAUUUAAGGAGUGUAAAAAAUUGUUAACAAAAGCGAAUGGUCAAAUGUGUAAGAAGAUAGGUUCUCCAAACGAUGACUUAAAAAAUUGCAACGAGAACGAAUCGGAAGAAAAUUGCGAUAGCUAUAGCAUCACAGAAAAUUUGCAGUCAUAUGUGUAUGUACAUAUGUUCCUGCUUUUCCAGCAUAGGGAAGUGGAAAAUAGCAUAAUAAAAGUUCUGAAGGAUAAGAUUAUCCUUUAUUCCUUAAUGCUGAAUGCGCUGAGAUAUGCAGACAAUUUUAUCCAGUUGAUAAUUUUCAAAAUUAUAAAUUUUACCUUUAUAAAUGACGACAACUUUUUAAAUGAUUCAAAUAAAAAAUUGAUAAUAUCCAUUUUGUCCUACUGGGUUAAGCUAGCGGACGCUUGUAUUAUUAAAAUCAUAAACACGAAUUUGGCUGAGGGGAAUGUCGGCUCAAAUGUGCAAAAAACUGAUAAUUUUUUUUUAAAAAAAAAAUUUUCAGACUAUGACAUAUUUAAGUAUAUACAGUGUUUAAUCAGUGCAAUAUAUUUGCUAUCCCUUAUUAAGAGGAGGAGCAAAAUGGAAGGGUCUAAUUUGCUAGCGGAACCAUCAACUCUGGAAAAGUAUAAGCGGAGUAUGGCCUCUUAUAUGAAUGAAUAUAAUUUAGAGAGCUUAUCCUUGAACGCCUAUUUUACAAAGAAUGACGUGUAUGAUUAUUUCUUGGGUAUCCUAUUUUCAGAAAAUAAAGAAGUAAUUAAUAAGCUGUUUAAUUUAAUAUUCAAACUGUUGCACUUUGUAAAAAAUUCCAAGGUGUACAUUUCGAAAAACACCAAUAUAAAGAAUAAAUAUUUUGAGGAAGCCACUAUAUUUUCUUGCAUAAAUAUUGUGUACAACAUUAUGGACGUGACGAAAAGGAUGUUUUUGAAUUCGUUCGAGGUCGAUGAGUAUACAAAAAAUUUGUACAGGAAAUGUCUGAGAGAGAAAAAAAACGCCUUUGAUUGCAUUGUUUUCCAUUCCUUUCCGCAAUUUCUUAGCCACAGGGAUUACUACCUGCGUUUGUACGCAGUUAAGGUUUUGUCAACCCUUUUGUCUGAUUCGGCUAUUCGGGAUUCACUGGAGAAGAAUACAAUUUUUGAAAUCUUCGAUUCACUCAUAAGCAUGAAACUCCAUAACGAACAACAGAAAAGGAACGAUGAGAGGAAAAACGUAAAUAUUUUGCUCCUGCUCCUGUUGAAGGCAAAUAUAAGAGACAGCAAAUAUUCCAGUAAAACGACAAAUAUAAUAUUUAGCGAUAAACAGAAAGAUGUUAAGAAGUACAUUGCAUCAAUCUGCGAUGAUGGCUUCCCCCUUCUAGAAUUGAAAACUAUGUUUGAAUAUUUUUUUGUCUUGUUUGUAAAAAUAAUCAACGUCAUUGUAAAACGGGUGUUGUCCCUUUUGGAGAUAGAAAAGUAUAAAAUGCUAUUUAUGAAUGUCUUCGAAAUUGUAGAACUCUUCAUGCAGGAAUUAAAAAAGGAGAAGAGCAAAAAAUGCAGAUGUUUUUUUUUUUCCGCAGCCAUGUAUUUUUCGCACCUGAUUUCGAAUAGCAUAUAUAAGUCCAAGGUGCAUUCCUCUGUUCCUUUUCUGAAUAAGGUUUUUAGCUUAAUUAAAAAUAUUGAGAAUUACGUAGAUUUGAUGUAUGAUGAUUUGGUUACGUUUAAGGAUGCACAGGAGGAGCUCUCUGAGGCUGGAACGUAUGAAGAACAACUAUCUCAGGAGGGAACAUAUGACGAAGGGGUAACUGAAGAGGGGCUCCUUGACGAAGGUUUAUCAGAUGAUGAGGUGUAUUAUUCUAGUGAUUCAAAUUCGAAGACCAUGAAGGAUAUGCACAUGCUCUAUUUUUAUAAUAGCACGUUUUGUGAGGACGAAAAGGAGGGGGGGAAGAAGGGAUCAAUUGAUGCUACCACGGACAGGAACAGCCGGAGCAAUCGGAACGGUGGCGCCACUGGGGGGAUGCUGCACCAUGUUAACAAAGGGGAAGUGGAAAGGUCCAAUUCAAAUGGAUUAAGCAAGUUCAAAGUUUUCAUGAAUAGGUCAAUUACCAAGAGCAAAGUGAACGAAGAAGGGAUUUACAAUUACAUGCACAGUUUUUUUUUUCUAUGCGUAAGUAAUGCAAGUAUGAAAACUAGGAGGCACGUGGUAAAAUCGUACGACCUGAUCGCGAAGUAUCUCAUGAAGGAUGAAUACAAAUUAAAUAGAGUCAAAAAGAAAAGCGGCAUUUUUUCUCCGCCAAUUGUAAUUAUUAGAGAUGUGGAGAACGAAGAAAAAAGGUAUAAUAUAACAGUUGAUAAGUACGAUUAUAUGUUAAAAACCUACAUAGUGGACUUGUUCAAAUCGAAAAGGUACAUGUACAUUUUUUUAUUGUCAAUCUUCCAGUUUAGUAACAUAGUCAUUUUGUAUUUAAAAAAAACAAAUUCCAUAAGCAACGAUUUUGAUGAAAAAUUUGAUGUGCUAGAAUGCUUUAUGCUGGUAAAUUCGAAGACUUGGUUUUAUCUGAAUGUUGCGAUUGAAUGUGUACAGAAAUAUAUGAACAAGAGAAAAGCAGAUCAGUUCCUACUACAAAUCCUUACUUUAAUAAUAGACAACAUGUGGAAAAUUAUCCUAUUCAUUGUUUUUAAUAUAAAAAUAAAAACUUUUUCGAUAAGAUCCAAAACGCAUUCUAUACAUAUUUUCGCUAAAUUCGAAGACUUGGUUUUAUCUGAAUGUUGCGAUUGA